AUGUUUAACUGUCCAUAUCAGAAUUGUAAAAGAACCUUUUCACGCCAUGCUGCUCUUCGUGAACAUACAAAAUCUCAUAAAGGUCAGGCCUAUUGGGAAAUAUUAAACAGUGUUUCGGAAGAUUCUUGUAUAGAAAAAGUAGAGUGUUCCAGAGAAUUUGUGAUAACGGAUAAUGUAGAUGAACGUGAAUACAAUGUAGAUAACGAUCAUAAUGUAGAUGAUGAUAACAAUGCCAUUAUGGAAAUUGUAAAUGAAGAUGUUGUCAAUGAAAAUAUUGCUGAUGAAAGUGUUGUAGACAGAAGUGUCAUAGAUGAAAAUAUUAUGGAUAGAGUACAAGGUCUCGAAUUUGUUAGUUCUAUGGAUAUUAAACAUUUAUUAUAUCUCAAAACAAAAAUAUUAAAAUAUGAAGAUGAAGAAUAUUUUCUUUAUCAUCGACCUAUUUUUGAAGCUAUCAAAGAACUAUUAUCUAAUAUCGAUAUCAUAAAUCAUUGCCAAUGGAAUUGUUCACCGGAUUAUAUUACCAAUGAAAAUGGACAUCGUGAGUGUGUAUAUGGAGAGCAAUGGUCUGGAAUGUUGUGGGAAAAUGCUCAAAAAUCAAUUGGGACAGGAUUAAAAAAGGUUUUAUCUAUAAUAUUAUAUUCUGAUGCAACUACAUUAGACCAUUUUGGCAAAAGUUCAGAACAUCCUGUUUAUUUAUCAUUAGGUAAUAUACCUAAUUGGCGUAGAAACAAACGGGAUGCUAAAGUCUUAUUAGGAAUUUUGCCUAAGCUGAAACCACUUCAUAAUCGUAAUGAAAAUAAAUCAGAAUUUGCAUCUGCUAAAAGGAUGUUAUAUCAAUAUUGUUUUGAUAUUAUGACUAAACCAAUAUAUGAAUGUGAUGGAUUAGAUAUUAAAACAGACAAUCAAAUAAUUUGGGCAUUUCCUUUUCUAUCAGAAUUUAUAGGUGAUCUGCCUGAAGAUGCAUCAUUAACGUUAACUUACAGCUCAUCUCGGAGUAGUCAUCCUUGUUAUAUUUGUACUGUAACAAUUGAUGAAUUAAAUAAUAUUAAUUUAUCAAAAUCUCAAAUAGAACUAAGAACUCCCAAUAAUAUGCAGGUUGUAAUAAAUAACAACCUUUGUCAUGAAUAUUCUAUUCAUCCAAUGCGAAAUAUCUUUUGGAAGUUCCCUGCUGCAGUACCAGAUCGCAUGCACCAUUGCGAUCUUGGUUUAUUCAAUUAUCAAGUUAAUUUUGCUAGAAAUUAUAUUCAAUUAUAUUGUGUGAAAGAUGGAAUUGAUGAAUUUGAUAAACGUUUGGCAAAGAUCCCACGUUUUCCUGAGCUAAAGAUUUUUAAGAGUGGUCUUGGUAAUAUUGCACGUUUUACAGCAGCAGAAUUUCGAAAUAUGAUGAAACAAUUGGUCUUUGUUAUUGAUGGUCUAAUUGUUGCAAAACGCAAAUCAAAUUUAAGUUUAUUUCAAGCAAAACAACAUGAUUCUAAGCUUGUAGAUUUAUUUGUAUCCUGGAAUAGAAUGUAUAUUUUUAGCCGUAAGGAUACUUUUACAGAUUCAGAACUUGAUAACUUUCAGAAAAUGAUUAUUGAUUGGGCAAAUAAAUUUAUUAAUUUAUUUACACCAAUUGCAGAUACUGAAAUGAAAUACCCAAAACUACACAAUUGGCAACAUCACAUUAUUGAUGCUAUACGAAACUAUGGUUCAAUUAAUGGUUUCACGACUGAAACUUAUGAGUCGUUACAUAAAUUUUAUAUUAAAGCUCCAUAUAGAAUGUCCAAUCGGCGGGAUGCAACUUCACAAAUAAUUAAUUUGGUGCGACAUGAUAGUAUUUUAAAUUAUCUCCAAAAAAUAACAUCUCCACCUUCAAUCAAGAAGCAUCGUCAAAUUAGAACAUUAGGUGGAAUUGAGGGCAGCUUUACAUUAGAUACCUUUAAUGACUUUGUUGAUGAAUAUAGAACUACUCACUUUUUAGCAUUAGAAGCUGAAAAAGCAUUUGAAGUAUUAAUUGACUCAUUAAAUCAAUAUUUUGAUCUUAUCGAAAAUAUUACUAAUAAAGAUAUUGAAGCAACAAUUAUUAAGUGGUAUACUAGUGCAUUUAUUAGAGAAGUUGAUACUAUACGAGCUAAAAGCAAUUAUUAUAAUGCACCUGCUUUUAGUGAUAUUGCAAUUAAUAUGAACUAA